ACAGGCAGGUCGUGACAUUAUUAUUACGUCUUGCGCUUCAACGUUAAAUGCAGUUCCGUCGUGUCGGGAAGUUUAAAAAUAAUUAAUCAAGUCAAAUUUACCGAUUUUAGUGCUUUUAUUGCCAUAUUAAUUUAAGUCGGCAGUGAUAUUUUAUUUAAAGAAAAUAUAUAAUACAUAAUUUUCAUUAAAAGAGUGGUGCAUGAAAAAUGAACAAGUGAACUAAAACAAAAGCGGCUGCUCAGUUUAGUUUGUGUUCAUGAAUUUGUGAUUCUAAUAUCCCCAUGGGGCCACCAACAAUUGAUUUUGGUCACCACAGGACAUGAUUUCAACCAACACCAUCUGUACAUAUUUAGUUUGAAAACUUUGUUCACCCUGCUACGGUUUCACGCAGCUUGCGUUCUGCACAAAACAGUACAUACUCCUGAAUUAAACUUGCCUAAGCAAAGCAAUACUCGAUUGAGAAAUUGUCAACCGCAAUUACAACGGUCAUCGCCAAUUUAUUCCGUUAGUGUAAUACAAUGUUUACAUUGCAACCAACUCCGACGGCAAUAGGCACCGUAGUUCCUUCUUGGUCAACGGGAACAUUGAUAGAACGCCUGCCGUCUUUAGACGACAUGGCUCACAAAGACAAUGUGAUUGCCAUGAGAAAUUUACCCUGUUUGGGUGCAGCUGGUGGAAGUGGACUAGGCGGUAUUGCUGGAAAGCCAUCCCCUACAAUGGAAACCGUGGAAGCCAGCACGGCGUCACAGCCCCAUUCGACAUCGUCGUACUUCGCCACAACUUACUACCAUUUAACUGACGAUGAAUGUCAUAGUGGUGUAAAUCAAUUGGGCGGUGUUUUCGUCGGGGGAAGGCCUUUGCCAGACUCAACACGGCAAAAAAUUGUCGAACUUGCCCAUUCUGGAGCCCGCCCAUGUGACAUUUCCCGGAUUUUACAAGUUUCCAAUGGAUGCGUAAGCAAGAUUCUUGGAAGGUACUAUGAAACGGGAAGUAUAAGACCCCGUGCUAUUGGCGGAUCCAAACCACGUGUGGCCACAGCCGAAGUUGUUAGUAAAAUUUCACAAUAUAAACGUGAGUGCCCGAGCAUUUUUGCUUGGGAAAUUCGGGAUAGAUUACUUCAGGAGAACGUUUGUACCAACGAUAAUAUUCCAAGUGUGUCCUCGAUAAACCGUGUAUUGAGAAACUUGGCGGCCCAGAAGGAGCAACUAGGCACGGGAACAAGUAGUGCAAGUAUCAGUGCUGGUAGUUCCGCAAGUGAAAAAGUGGUUGUAAAUAGCAAUGGAAACAUCAGCAACGGCUCAAACGGAUCAAGGACCACGUUGACCUCGCCUGCUGACCUUAUGCACACUGCCACGCCAUUAAACUCCUCGGAAAGCGGUGGGGCCAGUAAUUCUGGUGAAGGAAGCGAGCAGGAGUUAAUUUACGAAAAGCUGCGGCUCCUAAACACUCAGCACGCUGCCGGAUCGGGUCCGCUGGAUGCGGUCAUAACAUGCCCGUUAGAGGGCCAAGCGCCUAGCCACUUUGGAACCCAUUCCACUCACCAAAUCAACCAGCUGAUGCAUAGUAACCAGCAGGUUCUUCAGCAACAGCCGCAGAGCUGGACACACCGCCAUUAUUCCCACGGUUCCUGGUACCCAACCUCAUUAACAGCUAGUGAAAUACCCAUCUCAUCGGCUACCAACAUCGCAUCUGUGACGCCGUAUGCUCCAGGACCGCCGCUCGCUCAACCUUUGACUCCACCAAAUGACAUCGCAAGUCUGGGAAGAAGCAGCCACCUUAGAAACUGUCCAGGAACUCCGGACGACAUUCAUUUAAAAAAGGAACUUGAUGGUCACCAGUCCGAUGAAACUGUUUCCGGUGAAGGUGAAAAUUCCAAUGGCGGCGCUUCAAAUUUAGGAAACAAUGAGGAUGACCAAGCUCGACUAAUACUUAAAAGAAAGUUGCAGCGCAAUCGAACAUCUUUUACAAAUGACCAGAUAGAUAGUCUAGAAAAAGAAUUUGAACGAACUCACUACCCAGAUGUAUUUGCCCGCGAACGUUUGGCAGGAAAAAUUGGUUUGCCGGAGGCAAGAAUUCAAGUUUGGUUUUCAAACCGCCGUGCAAAAUGGCGACGUGAAGAAAAACUUCGAAAUCAGCGGAGAACACCAAAUUCUAUAGGAGCUAAUGGAACUUCAUCUUCAGCAGCUGCCUCAUCAAAAGACAGUCCUAACAGCUUGAGUUCCCCUUUACUUUCGGGGUCAGCUGUAGGCCCUUUAGUCAAUACAAUGGAAGGCUUAUCCUCGCCAAACACAUUGAACCCCAAUCCCAGUGGCCCAGCAGCUGGUGCUGGAAUUGAAGUCACCGACAGCCCGAUUCGAUCCGGGAUAACCUCUGAAAUACCCGCUGGACGUCACAGUGAAGACAGCAGAAGAGCUUGUUCUCCUAGCCCUUUUGGUCAGAAUACCCACAAUCACCAAAGUAAUGGUCACACCCAAGGACAUGCUAUCAUUCCUGCUAUUUCGCCACGACUCAAUUUUAGUAGCGGUGGAUUUGGUGCGGUGUACAAUAUGCACCACACGCCCAUAUCUAUGAGUGAAUCCUAUGGAGCGGUUCCACCAAUUGCAAGCUUCAACCACUCAUCCGUCGGCUCGCUGACUUCGCAGUCACCAAUAUCCCAACAGGGCGACCUCACGCCGCCCUCCUUGUAUCCGAGUCACAUGACCUUACGAGCGCCGCCAAUCGCACCCCCGCACCAUCACAUUGUGGCGAGUGACGGUGGCAGUCCUGCGGGAGGGGGGGCAUCAGCCGGUAUGGGAGCUGGCUGCGGUGGAUCGGGAUACGAAGUGCUCUCCGCUUAUGCGUUACCACCACCGUUACCGUCGAGCAGUGCACCGGCAACAAACUUCUCUACUUCAUCCAGCGCUAAUGUGACCUCCAUUCACACUAUGUCACACGAACCAUGUCUCUCGCCCUGUAGCUCAAGCUCGAAUCACUUGGGAGUUGGCCACAGUUCUGUGUUUGCGACUGACACGAUUUCUCCGGCUGUACCUUCAUACGCACAUAUGAGCUACAAUUACGCGUCGGCCACCAACAAUGUGACGGCAUCCUCUACUAGCGGAACCAGUACACACGUGGCUCCCGGAAAGCAACAGUUCUUCGCCUCAUGCUUUUAUUCGCCGUGGGUUUAGGCAAAGUAAGCUGAUUCGAUAAGAGAGUCACUUCAUAAUUGACUAUUUACGUAGUGUUAAGCCCUCUAUCUAAAUAAAUCGAAUUUACAUAUCUCUUAAAAAAUAAUAGAGGUUGUAGAAAAAUGCAUAUGUAUGUAUAGAUUAUAUAGUUCCGCCCAUUAAAUUCAAUCUAAAGUUUAUAAUUAUUGGUGUAAAUUAAAUGAUUUAAUUUUGGCAAAUGUAA